AUGGGACCCAUUUUCAAGGGAACAGCUGUUGUUUGCCUCGUGGCGCUCUCUGGGCUACAGCCGGCGACAGGAGCUUUGUCAUUCCAAGCUCAGGAGGCAGACAAAGAUGCAUACACAUCCGUGAACUUGGCCCGCGUUGGUCAGAUGUCUGUACGGAUUGGCGUAUUGACGGAGAACAGCGAACUGACCGAUGCUGUAAAGACUGCAUUCAUAGCGGCGGCAGCUGAACCGUCAGCCGAAACGUGUGAAGAAUCCAUCGCAAAAGUCAAAAAGACCCAUUUUUUCGCACAGCUCACAGACGCUGAAGACCAGGAAUAUCGCCAAGCUGUGGAGAACGCCCUUAAAGCUGGACUUAAAGAGCUGCAGUCGUACCCUGAAAAUGAUGAGGAGUGGACGAAGUUCUGGGCGAAACCCGACGGCGCCAACCUCGCACGCCUUCUUUCGUCUAACAGUACCAAAGUUGGCUGCGCCGUAGGAACAUGCACUCAAACACCAGAUGAGCUUCAAACUCCAGAAACAAGUAUCACAUAUCUUUUUUGUCAGAUGGAUCCUGCAGCGGUGAAAGACAAGCCUCCCUUCGAGUAA